UUCUCAUCACCCCCUUCCGGUUCGUUCGGUCUUCUUCUCCCUCCCCGUCUUCUUUCUCCUACUACUCUCACCCGACCGCACACGUACUCCGACUCUCCAAUGGCCAACGAGCACUUCUUCCCGGGCGAAUACUUCUCCCCCGCGCCCUUCCUCGGCGCCUCUUACGCGCCGGCGCCCCGGUCAGGGCUCCAGGCCGCCGCGGCCAUGGCCUUCGGGCUGCAGUGGGCCGACCAGCAGCUUCCGGGGGCGGACUCCUCGGCGCACUUCGACUCGGCGCUGAGCUCCCUGGUAUCCUCUCCGGCCUGCGGGGGCGAGGACGAGGUGGCCAUCGGCGACCUGAUCGGCCGGCUCGGCAGCAUCUGCAACGGCGCCAGCGCCAACAACUCCUGCUACAGCACGCCGCUCAGCUCCCCUCCGCGCGGGCCGUUCCGGGGCUACGGCGCGCUAGAGAGCGGCGGCAGGCUAUCCCGGGUGUCCAGCAGCAAGUCGCUCGGCGGAAACAACACCUCCGCCGCCGAGGCGGAUACGAGCCCCAAGACGGCCGGCCACGCCGUCAUGCCGGACCCGCCGGCGACGACGAAGGCCUCCGCUAGGAAGCGCAAGGCAGCCGCGGGGAAGGGCAAGGCGAAGGCAGAGGCCUCUUCUUUACCUGCGACAGCGGCGAUCAAUGCGAGCCCCCCGAAGCGGCCGAGGGUGGCCGACGGCGAAAACGAGGUGGCUGCGGUGGAGGAGACGGAUGAGGAGAAGGCCGAGCCGUUCAAAGACUACAUCCAUGUGAGGGCGAGGAGGGGGCAAGCAACCGAUAGCCACAGCCUCGCCGAGAGGGUGAGGAGGGAGAAGAUCAGCGAGAGGAUGAAGCUGCUGCAGUCCUUGGUGCCAGGCUGCACUAAGAUCACCGGCAAGGCUCUGAUGCUCGACGAGAUCAUCAACUACGUCCAGUCGCUGCAGCGUCAGGUCGAGUUCUUGUCCAUGAAAUUGUCGACGAUGAACCCUGAGCUGGACUUCGAGGAGCAUCAGAUCCCGUCUAAAGACAUGAACCAGAUGGCGAUGCCGGCCUAUCCGUCCGACGACCGGAGCGCCGCCUUCUCCUACGCCGGCUCACCCGCCGACCCGUUCGCCAUUCCGGCCGGCCAGCACCAGCACCAGGGGCAAGAGCUACAAGGCAGCAGCUUCAGCUGGGAGCAUCAAGACCUCCAGAGCAUGGUGCAGAUGGCGGGAGGGAGCAGCCAAGACCCACAUGGUUUCUACGGGCAGGCGGCGACAGUAAACCACAUGAAGGUUGAACCAUAAAUGUGUCUGCCACUUCUGUACAUGCUACGCCAGCCGCCGUAGUAGUACCGGUACUGCUGCUACUCCCCCACCGCUCUCUUUUUCCCUGCGCAUGCAGCAGCAGGAGGAGUAGCUCGGAAUCAAACAAUCAUUGCCACAUGAAUUCCCUCCGUUUCACUCUCUCCACAAAUGGGUGUAGAUGCAGUGGUAGUGUGUCUUGUUGUAUAAAUUUGGGUUUGUGUGUGUGUUGAAGAUGGCAAAAUGGGGGCCGGGGUUGUGUGAUGGACUCCUGGUUGCAUGCCCCAACUGUAGAAAGGAACUAGUGGUAGUUUCUGAAUUCUUAGAGGAGCCCAAGAUGGCAAUUUGGGAAGCAUGAGAAUGAAUGUAGAGAGGAAAGAAAGGACGAAAUGUUAUCUCCCCUUUGUGUGGAAUUGAUAUCCAUAUCAUCUUUGAUCUUC